GUUCAAUCCCAUCACCUUACCCUACAAUGGCAUCCUUCUCCAAAUCGAUCGCGAUCGUCGCCGGAGCUGGACCAGGAACUGGCGCGUCCAUCGCCCGCCGCUUUGCGAAGGCAUACCCCGUGGUGCUCCUCGCGCGCAGUCAAGCGAGCCUCGACCCUCUGGUCCAGGGCAUCAAUCAGGAUGGAGGAUGCGCCAUUGGCAUCCCAUCCGACGUCACGAAUGCAGGGAGUCUAAACUCCACCCUGAAACAGAUCGAGCAGCGGUUCGGAUCUGAUCUCACGGUUUCAGCGGCCGUCUUCAACGUGGCGAGCAAGUUCACGCGCGCGCCAUUCCUGGAUUCCGGCGCAGAGUUCCUGGAUAGUCUCGAGGCGACUGCGCGGGGGGCCUCGAAUUUCUCCAAAGCAGUGUUGCCAUUGAUGCUGCGCGCAGUGUCGCAGGCAGAGUUGCGCCAUCCGCCGACGAUGAUAUUCACCGGUGCAACGGCCGCCAUGAAGGGGGGUCCCGGCUUGGGUUCAUUUGCCAUGAGCAAAUUCGCUGUCCGGGCGCUCUCCCAGUCGCUAGCGCGCGAAUUUGGUCCCAAGGGCGUUCAUGUUGCUCAUGCCAUUAUCGACGGGAUCAUUGCGACGGAGAAGACGAAGGAUUAUAACAAGGACACACCCGAUGCGAAGAUCGACCCCGACUGGAUCGCUGAGACGUACUGGUUCUUACAUACCCAGCCCCGGUCGAGUUUCACUCAUGAACUUGAUCUCCGACCAUACUGCGAGAGCUGGUGAAUAGCCCCAUAAUCACGGCAGUAAUGAUCAGAGAACUUCAAGAGCUAUCUCUAUAUAGGUAGCUACUUAGUGUAAUCCAGUACAUACGACCAUAGGGUGUGGAGAACAGGGCUUCCCGUCCGCUCAGCCGUACUUAAGCCACACGCCGGGAGGUUAGUAGUUGGGUGGGUGACCACCAGCGAAUCCCUCCUGUUGUAUGUUUUUUCUCUGUCAAUAAUAAUAUUUUUCUGCCGUCAUUCUCAGACAGUAGAUGGUGGUGGGUGGGUGGUGGAUCUUAGGAUACCUUCCCCGUUCCCGGUGUUCCCGUAAUGAGGUCUUUUGAACGCGAAUCCUAGAAAGCUACCACUUUGCAACUUACUCUUCAUAAGUUACCGCUUCUCAGACUCAGCAAGCC